AUGCCGAUUGGUAUCCGGCGCCUGAAUGCGAAAAAGUCGCAACCAAACCCCGGCAUUGUCUUCAUCAAGCCACUGCCUGGACCGCACGAGAAGACGGCCCACGGGUUCCUAGAAAGAAUUGCUGCGCAGUGCCUCCCCGUCACGCGCAAGCACCACAUAUCCAUCAUGACGCUCGAGGAGCACGAACCAAACCGCGAGUUUGUAGGCCGUAACUUCAACGCCGGCGAAGUGAUCCAACUUGUCCUGCGGUCGCCCUCGACGGGCCGCUGGCUCCCGUUUGAAUACGUCCAAAUGGUCAUGAUGCACGAACUGGCGCAUUGCAAGCAAAUGAACCACUCUCGGGCCUUUUGGGCCGUGAGAAACCAGUACGCCGCGCAGAUGUACGAGCUGUGGAAGGAAGGGUACACGGGAGAUGGCAUCUGGGGCCGUGGCGCGAGUCUCGCCACGGGGGAGUGGGAGUGGGAGCGGAAUCAAGUGCGGGCAGACGAGGUUCUCCCGGAGCAUUUGUGCGGCGGGACAUUUCGCUCCAGGCGGAGGAAGAGAAGGCCGAAACCUGCAUUGACGUAUGGGGAGCGCAAAGAGCGGAGAAAUCUGAAGAAAUUUGGCAAGAACGGGAUUGCGCUGGGAGCGGAUGAGGAGGCAAAGGUGAAGCUGGAGAAGGGGAAGAGGGUGCAGGCGAAACCGCGAGUGGCGAGCAGUGCGCGGGGACGGGAGCUACGGGCUGCUGCCGCGCUGGCAAGGUUUGAGCAGAAGAAGGCGGUGGUGAAGGGGGACGAGGAGGACGACCAGACGGCCAAGGAUGAGGCGGAGCCCCCGAGUGAGGGCGAGUAUGAAGAUGAUGCUGGUGACGACGGGGAGGCCGCUGUCGACGUGGACGGGUCGACGCUGAGGGACGGCACGGGCAGAGCCAUGGUCAGAGUAUGCCAGGACGAGGAUACCAGCGAUCCUGAUGCGCGAAACGAACUGGGCCAGCUGGCAGAGGUGUUCAGGCGGGCAAGGAGAGAUGACGCUGCAACGACGAGCCCCCAGAGGCAGCAGGUCAAGGCGGAACCGCAAAUGGAGACCUGGCCAUCUUCAUCUUCAUGGUCAACAGGGCCGAAAGAAGAAGCAUUCUACGACGGCCCACGACUCUACGACGUGCCGGCUGCACCGGCUGCCACGGAAAUUUCCAAAAGGCCUCCCGGACAGGAACUCAGCGGCUGCUCUGCGCAGCAGCCACCGGCGCCCAAUAACUCGGCCUGCUCAAUGUGCUCCUUCGCCAACUCUUUGUCCGCGGUGGCAUGCGCCAUGUGUGCCCAUGUUCUCGACCCGACGCACACGCCAAAUUCCUGGCGCUGCACCGGCGCGGCAUGUGCAGACAGCCAAUAUGUCAACUCUGGUGACUGCGGUGUCUGUGGUCUGUGUGGUCGGAGACGAAGUUGA